AUGAGUAUUCUCUACAUUCAGCAUAUUGUAGCAGAUAUUGGAUGGAUUGGACAAAGAGUUCUUUUGGUCAAAAAUAACUUUAUAGAUCCAUUCGAUUGCCAAAUCUUCAUAUACCUGUCCUAUAUCCGUGCGUUCUGUCUCUUUCUUGGUCUUUCCAUUCUUCCUUGUUUGAUCAUUGAAAGAUUCUAUGCCACUCUCAGACUGUCUGAUUAUGAAUCACAACCAAGAGUGCAUAUUUUUUAUAAUCUCCUCUUUCUUCUCAUUGUUAUCGGAAGUUUCACGUCUUACUCAUAUCACAAGUAUGAGUCAAGUCUUGAAAUUUUCAUAUUCGUUAUGACCUUCUGCUCCUUGGGAAUACUGGGAAAUAUUAUACUGUUGAACAUCAACAUAAAAUAUUUCAAUGAAAUGGGAGAAGCAUCUUUGAAAGCGAGGUAUCAAAUCGCUGAAAAUAUAAAUGUUUGUCGCCUUGUAAAUGGAAUUGUUUUCUCAAUGGGAGGGUUCAAUGGAUUGAUUUGUAUGACAAUCAUCAUGAAUAAUUUUGGUCUCUCAACUCGAACUGCAAGUCUUUCUGUAUUUGCAUUCGAUAUUUCUGCGUUAAUAUACAGUACCGUUUUUCCCUACGUAUGCAUGUACUACUGCAAGAAAUGGAGAUCUACUUUUAUGAGACUUAUGGGAUCUUUUUCGCGUCAAAAUCGUUCAAUUCAACCAUUUACAACACCCGUAUCUGGAGCAAUUAAAAAUGGAAUCGUACUGAAAAAUACAUUUGGUCAAGUGAUGACAAACUUCUCGUCGGAUAUGUACUUCCAGCAACUACAGCAAAGUUGGAAUUAA